AUGCAGGUCAUGAUCACUACUGCUGGAGGCAUUGAGGAGGACACAGACAUCAUCAAAUGCCUCGCUCCCACACACCUGGGAGACUUUGCUUUGCCGGGGAGAGAUCUGCGUUCCAGGGGCCUCAACCGAAUAGGCAACUUGUUGGCUCCUAACGACAACUAUUGUCUCUUUGAGGACUGGUUGAUGCCUAUCCUGAACAGCAUGCAUGACGAGCAGGAGAAGGAUGGAGUUGUGUGGAGCCCCACCAAGAUGAUCCAUCGCUUUGGGAAGGAAAUCAACAACCCCACAUCGGUUUGCUACUGGGCCUACCUCAACAACAUUCCGAUCUUCUCCCCGGCCAUCACCGAUGGCUCCAUUGGCGACAUGUUGUACUUCCACAACUACAAGCGGCCAGGUGUGGUGACUGUUGAUGGACGGUCAGUGGAAAAGGCAAGCAAAACGUCCAAAAACGUCCAAAAAGAUGGCGAUUGGAAGGAUCAUUUUUUCUAG